CCGUUCUCCUCAAGUUCGCGCACUGCAGCAUUCAUGGAUACAUGAAUAGAGCCGUCACAGUGAUUUCACUGCUCUUGAUCUUUGCCGAGCUUGUCUUGCAGGUUGCGUCAGACAUUUGGAAAGGAGAACACCUCCAGAACAGUUUUGAAAGAGCCCCUCUCUAUGCAUUCAUCGUUCUGGGGACUAUGUAUUCGGUUGCUGCAUUGACUGUCUCUGCAAAGGAGAAGAAUGUCUUUCUGUUCCUCUCGUCGCUAGCUACGUUGGUAGUGGUGAUCUUCAACCUCCUUGAGGAAGCCAAGGUGUACCACCUCCUGGACGAACUUUCUCUCUUCGUGAUCUACUGCCUGCUCGAGCUUCUUGUUGUCUUCUUUGACGGCCUUGCCUUGAGACAAUGGUUGAACUCGCGGAACUCAUUUCCAGUCGGUGUGGUUGAGGGCUCCGUUGAUGGCACGGUCAAGAAGCAGGACAUGGCAAACUUUGUUUAUCCGUCUGCGCCUGAGAUUAGAAUCGUGAAGCACGACGUGGCUCCAUUUGCCGCGAAGCCAGUCAAGGGCAUCUGCGAAAGUUCAUGGGAGCCUUUCAGCAACGAGAUGCCUGACGAGUUCAAGAACAAGCUUCAGGUGGUGGUUGAAACAGCUUCAGUGUCCUCAGGUGGAACUUCAAGACCAUCCACAGCGUUCCAAGGAUAUCCCCGGAGUCCCGUUGUUUCGGAUCGUAACUGAGACAACUUCCGAUUUCAAGGCUCAAAGAGUCGCACCCCUCUUCUGCUUCUUGCGGCUGCUCUCAGUGUUGACUACAUAAAGGUCUGUCAGAGGCUCAGGGAGCUGAAUGGUGUACCAUACUUAGAGCCCGGUACAC